UUAGGUUAAAUAAUGCACAUUUCAAAAGUAUAGUAAAUGUAAUAGUUUUAUUGUUAUACAAUGGCAUUAAGUCGUAUGUUUAAAAUUUCAGAUCUUUGUUUUUCAAAGGGAAUUCUGCUGAAAAAACAAAAUUUUGAGCCUCGUCUCCCUUCUAAUAUAAGGAAUUUUAAAAGAGGCAAAAUUCACCGCGAGGAACCGAAAGCAAACCCCGAGAGUUUAGCAACCCCUUUCACGAAUGUAACAGUAGAUUCGGCAAGUUUACAUACAGGAAAGUUAGUGAAGCCAUUUUUAUUUACAAUUGGGUUCUCUGGAGCUUCGUUUCUGGGUGCGGCAAUAUGGGAAUACGAGAAUAUGCGAGCACAUGCCAUUAGUAUGAUUAAAAGACCAAUCAAAUUUUUUAGGAACAAGUCGGAGCGAGGAAUUGAAAAAUCAAAUGAAAUUACGCGAGAGGUCAAACAGUGGUGGAAUAAUCUUACACCAGGAGAAAAACUAUUUGUGCCAAUAUGUGCUAUUAAUGUAUUAGUAUUUGUCGCAUGGCGUAUUCCAAAGUUACAGCCAUUUAUGAUGAAAUAUUUUUGUUCGAAUCCCGCCAGCGAGAAUGUCUGUUUACCAAUGAUCCUAUCUACUUUCAGCCAUUAUUCUGGUUUUCACCUGUUGGCCAACAUGUACGUUCUCCAUAGUUUCAGCACCGGAGCUGUACACAGCCUGGGAAAGGAACAGUUCCUGGCGCUCUAUUUAACUGCUGGCGUUUUCUCAAGUUUUACUAGUUACCUUUACAAAGUCAUUACGAAACAGCCUGGCCUAUCUUUAGGGGCUUCUGGCGCUAUCAUGGGAAUUUUAGGUUAUGUGUGUACGCAGUUUCCCGACACGAGAUUAGGAAUUAUCCUGUUACCAGUGUUUACAUUUUCCGCUGGAGCGGCCAUCAAAUUUAUUAUCGCACUGGACGCCGCCGGUGUCGUUAUGGCAUGGAAAUUUUUUGAUCAUGCCGCACAUUUGGGAGGUGCGACUUGUGGAAUAUUUUGGACGUUGUGGGGAAACCAGUAUAUAUGGCAGAAACGGGAACCUGUACUGCAUUAUUGGCACGAGAUAAGGGGGUCCAUAAAGUGAUGUAUUAAUUUCUAUUUAAUAUAAUUAAAUAUGUACAUACACAUUAUAAAAAAUAUUUAUAUUAUAAAAAAAAACCCAACAUG